AUGCUGACGCUGAACCUGCCGCUGGGGCGGGCGACGGAUCGAUACGGAAGGAAACCGCUGAUGAUGGGAGGGAUGGUGGUGAUGGCGCUCGCGGACGUGGGAACGGCGAUGUCGAGGAGCGUCGCGGCGCUGGUGCCGAUGCGGAUGCUGCUGGGAGUCGGACGCGCGGGGUGCGAGUGCGGAGACAGGGCGUAUCUGGCGGAUUUGUGCGCGCGGGUGCCGGAGAAGCGAGGAAUCAUCGUCGCGGGACAGAGCACGGUGCACGCGGUUGGGUUGGUGAUAGGACCGUUGUUAGGAGGGAGAUUGAUGGAGGCGUACGGUGCGCCCGCGGCGUUUUAUUACGUCGCCGCGGCGGCGGUCGGGACGGCGAUCGGGUAUUCGUUUUUGCCCGAGACGCUCACGGAGGAGACGCGCGAGGCGGCGGAAUUAAAGGCGACGAUGGACGAGGAGGACGGAGGAAUGUUUGAAGGGCUUAACCCUUUCAUGUCGAGCGACGAGCGCGAAGAGUUGCGGGAACGCAAGAGUCAGCGCGAGUCGAGCAGUUGGUUGACGCUGUUGGCGAAUCGCGAGCAGCGCGUGUUGUUGUUGUGUGCGUCGGCGAAUUCCCUGGGUUUCGUCGCCAAGCUCACCGUGAUUCCGCUCUACGCCUCCGGGCACCUGGACGCGUCGCCCGCGGAGGUUGGAAACUUGUUCUCCAUCACCGCGUUGUUAGGUCUGGCGACCGCCCCGCUGAGCGGUUUGGCGGCGGAUAAAUUUGGCAAAAAAGUCGUCGUCGGCGCCGCGCUCGCCGCGUGCGCCACGGGUUUGUUCUUCGGCGCCCAGUCGCAGACGCAAUCUGAGUUGAUAUUUUUCAUCGGCGCGUGGGGCAUCGGGACCGCCGCGGCCGGUCCCGCGAUCAACGCCCUCGCGCAAGAGCUCGCCCCCAAGGGUGGCGAAGGCGAAGCCCUGACGCUUCCGAAAUCCGCCGCCGAUUUCAUCUUCCUCAUCGGACCUCUCGUCCUCGGCGUAUUGGACGAUUUCAUCGGUACCGACAACGCCGGCAUGAUCUUAUGUUCCUCCGCCGCCGCCAUCGCCGCCGCGAGUUGUUUCUUUCUCCCCGCCGCCGUCGAGCGCGUCGACCGUUGA